AUGGCGACCCCCGGCCUCCUCUACGUGACCAUGCACCCCCGCGAUUCCCUCCCCGCGGCCCAGUUUCACGACUGGUACAACUCCGAACACGGUCCAUUGCGUCUGCGUCUGCCUUUUGUCACCAAUGGCUUCCGCUACCGGGCCACCGAUGGCCAGGAACCUGAGUGGGUGGCCCUCUACGACAUCACCGACAUGGUCGAGUUGACCCGCGAGACCUAUCUGGCGCUGCGUGGCGACGGCAUCAAGACCCCGCGCGAAAAGGCGACCAUGGCCCAGAUUGCCGUCGAUCGCCGGCUGUACGACCUCCUCCAGGACCAAAAGGCCGCCAACUACCAGCCCCUGGAGAACAUUCCCGACACCGACGCCGCCGGCUCCGUCCUCAUCGCCGUCUCCACCACCAUCCCCGCCGACGCCGCCAAGGAAGCAGACCUCCAGAACUGGUACCGCGACGAACACAUCCCCAUGCUGUCGCGCGUCCCCGGCUGGCGGCGCAGCCGGCUCUUCGUCACCGCCGCCAUUGACCCCAACGCCCCCCGCGAGUUCAUCUCCCUGCAUGAGUACCGCGCCGCCAACGGCCUGGGCGGCCCCGAGCACCAGGCCGCCAUGAACACCCCCUGGCGCAACCGCCUGAUGGCCGACACCGUCAUCGACAAGAAGCGGCGCGUCUACGAGUGGGCGUACACGUUCGGCCCCGCGCCGCGCGAGCUGGCCUCCCUCGCCUCGAAAGACGUCGCCGGGCCGUGGUCCUCCAACGACGGGCGCACGCGCACGCUGCCGUCGCCCACGCGCCCGGCCGUCGAGUCCUUCGUCACCACCGCCGACGGCGUCGACCUCCCCUACCGGCUGGAGGGCAGCACGGACCCGCACAGCCCGGUCAUCGUGCUCAGCAACUCCAUCCUGGUCGACUACAGCAUCUGGGACGGGUUCGUGGACGCGUUCCUCUCUCGCCCGGAGAACCAGCACUUCCGCAUCCUGCGCUACCAGACGCGCGGCCGGACCAGCCAGUGCGGCGACCAGCCUGUCACCAUCGACCUGCUGGCGUCCGACAUCGUCGCGCUGCUGGACGCCCUGCGCAUCCCGCAGGCCACCCUCAUCGGCGUCAGCCUGGGAGGCGUGACGGUGCUCAACACGGCGCUGCUGUACCCGACGCGCGUGACGCGCUUCAUCGCCUGCGACACCAACAGCUCCGCGCCUGAGUCCAACCGCAAGGCCUGGGGCGACCGCGUGGCCAUGGCCGAGGCCGACGGCGCCGUGGCGCCCGCCACGCAGGAGCCCAUCGUCGGCGAGACACUGGCCGAGGCCACCACGCGGCGGUGGAUGGUGCCCGAGUCGUACGAGACGCAGCCGGAGGUGCCGGCGCGCGUGAAGGAGAUCGUGCGCACGAACAGCCUGCACGGCUUCCGCACGGCCGUCAACGCGCUGUGCGCGUACGACGUGCGCGACCGCAUGGCCGCCGCCCAGGUGCGCGGGCUGUUCGUCGCCGGCGAGGGCGACGGCGUGCUCCCCAAGACCAUGCAGCAGAUGGCGGCGGACCUGAAGGGCGGCGCCGAGCUGAAGAUCGUGCCGAAGGCCGGGCACCUGCCCAUGGUCGAGCAGCCGGCUGCGUUUACAGAGGUGGUGCAGUCAUUCCUGCACGCAGCCUAA